AUGAUCAUCGCUCGCAGAUUCUCCAUCACGAAUUUCGCCAUUGCCACCUCGGCUCUUGCGUUCCAGGUGUUCGUUCUAUACCCAUGGCAUAACAAACUUGACGAGGAUUUCAAGGAUCUGAAGCAGGAGAACCUGAGACUGAUGGAGGAAGUCGAGAAGCACAGGGCCGCCGACUUGAAGGAGAUCAAGGAUGCAUUCACUCGACUGAAGCUCAACAACCAAUUUGGCACCGAGACCAAAAUCUGGCUGACGGGACAAUCCUUUGACGAGAUGAAAGUUCUGUCGGAAACAAACAAGCGGGAGAAGCAUCGAAACUCAGUUGGGCCUAUCAAGAAGUAG